AAUUGAAUUCUCAUUUUCUUUCCAAAACAAAGAUGUCACCUUUGUUCGGCAGUUUUUAUUUAUAGAUCAAUAGUUCUAUGAUAUAGAUUUAAAUAUUUUGCGUUUAUGUAGGUAGUACGAUCGACUUUCGGUUCUUGUGAAUGUGCGCAGUAGGUUGCAAUGUUAGUCAGGAGGCUCGGUAACAAUGCUAGUAACUAUUCGCUAUAUAAAUUUUUGGGUGGCGGCCUGAGGGGCUUUUCAAAUCGUAUUGAUAAUUUAGAUAGUGAACAAAAGCUCGAAGGAUGUCUUUCCGCGUUGCCAUCAGAGACCAAAGUAGUUAUAUGUGGCGGGGGAGUCAUGGGGGCCGCAGUUGCGUACCAUCUAUCGCGGCGCGGUUGGGGGGACCAGACUAUAUUAAUUGACAAUGAAAAAAUUGGAGCUGGUAGUAGGUGGCACUCAUCUGGUCUUGUUGGUGCCUUCAAGCCAUCACUUGCACAAGUGCGCCUUGCUCAGUCCUCCAUCCGAUUGCUGCAAGAACUGGAAGAGAAGGGUAGGCCCACAGGGUGGAAACAAUGUGGGUCAUUGUUGCUGGCACGGACUCGAGACAGGAUGACUGUCUAUCGGAGGAUGAAGAGUCAAUCCGUGUCUUGGGGUAUAACAUGCGAACUGGUGACGCCCAGCCGCUGUCUGGAAUUGUGGCCGAUGCUGAAUGUGGAAGACAUCAUUGGGGGCCUCUGGAUCCCCGGGGAUGGAGUCGCUGACCCCCACCUUUUAUGCAUGGCUUUAAUGAGAGAAGCUGUGGACAAUGGUGUUGGUGUGAUGGAAGACUGUGCGGUGACCUCAGUGCACUCCAAGAACGACCGGGUGACGAGAGUGGAGACCACCCGCGGCAGCAUCAAGUGCGAAUAUUUUGUCAACUGCGCCGGCUUCUGGGCGCGGGAGGUUGGUCAGCUGGCUCGGCCUCAAGUUAAGGUGCCGUUGUUGCCUUGCGAACAUUAUUACUUGCACACGAAGCCGAUAGCUAACCUCGACCCGAUGACACCUGUGGUACGUGAUCCCGACGGGUACAUAUACUUGCGAGAGAGGGACGGAUGUAUAUUGGCUGGAGGAUUUGAACCUGUAGCCAAGCCGGUCUAUGAAGAAGAAAUCCAGAAUCUGGCUCAACGGUGCGUGGCCGAGGACUGGGAUCACUUCCACGUGUUGCUGCAAGAGCUGCUCAAACGGGUGCCGGCGCUCAACGAGGCAGUGCUUCACAAACUGUGCAACGGCUUGGAAGCCUUCUCCCCGGACUGCAAGUGGAUCGUCGGCGAGGCGCCCGAGAUGUUCAAUUACCACGUGGCAGCGGGUAUGAAAACCGUGGGUAUAUCGGCCGCGGGGGGCGUGGCCGAAGCGACAGUGGACGAGAUCGUCGACGGCUACACGAAGUAUGAUAUGUACGAAUUGGACAUCAACAGAUUUCUGGCUUUGCACAACAACAAGAGGUUCCUAAAGGACAGGGUUAAGGAAGUGCCUGGUAUCCACUACGGUAUGCCGUAUCCAUUCGAUGAGUUUGAGACCGGACGCAAUUUACGAUUAUCGCCGAUUUACCCGACUUUGCGGGACAAUGGUGCUGUUUUCGGCCAAGUCAUGGGGUACGAGAGACCGACGUGGUUUGAACCUGUGGAAUCUCAGAAGGAGGCGCCAGUAAAGCCCCGCCCGUUCAAGAUCGCGUACACGAAGACUUUCGGUAAACCACAUUGGUUCGACACAGUCCAGCGCGAGUACUGGGCCUGCCGGGAAUCGGUCGGCUUGGCCGACUACUCGUCUUUCACCAAAAUCGAUAUGCAAUCGCAGGGACGCGAGGUCGUCGACCUGCUCCAAUACCUGUGCUCCAACGACGUGGACGUGCCCAUCGGCAGCAUCAUACACACGGGCAUGCAAAACGAGAGGGGGGGAUACGAGAACGACUGCAGCCUGGCGAGGAUAUCGGAGAAUCAUUACAUGAUGAUCGCACCGACGAUCCAACAGACGCGGUGCAAAGUGUGGCUCAAGCGUCACCUCCCAACGAACGGGUCUGUGACCUUGACUGACGUCACAGCAGUUUACACCGCCAUCUGUGUCAUGGGACCCUUCACCAGAAACCUUCUGUCAGAGUUGACGGAUACGGACCUGUCGCCGUCGAAUUUCCCGUUCUUUACGUUCAAAGAGAUCGAUGUGGGCUUAGCUAAUGGCGUGAGGGCUAUGAAUCUCACCCACACAGGCGAAUUAGGCUACGUGCUUUAUAUACCCAAUGAGUUCGCACUCCACGUGUACAACCGUCUAAUGACAGUAGGUGCUAAGUACGGUAUUAGUCACGUGGGUUACUACGCGUCGCGCGCUUUACGUGUGGAGAAGUUCUUCGCUUUCUGGGGUCAGGACUUGGACACGAUGACCACGCCGCUAGAGUGCGGUCGCACUUGGCGUGUCAAGUUCGAUAAAGAAAUCCCAUUCAUUGGGCGCGACGCACUCCUUCGUCAGAGAGAUGAAGGCAUUCGCCGUCAAUACGUGCAACUAUUGUUGACGGACCACGACCAUGAACUAGACCUGUGGGCGUGGGGAGGGGAGCCCAUCUAUCGCGACGGCAACUAUUGUGGUCACACCACUACUACUAGCUACGGAUUUACGUUCAAGAAGCAGGUGUGUCUCGGCUUCGUGGAGAACAUAGACGCAGACGGGGUCGCGCAUAGAAUCAACAAUGACUACGUUCUGGGCGGUCAUUACGAGAUCGACAUCGCUGGCAUCAGAUACGCAGCAAAAGUGAACCUCCACUCUCCGAAUCUGCCAACGAAGUAUCCCGACAAGGAGCGAGACGUGUACCAAGCCACGCGUAAGCUACACGAGCCACAACAGUUCCUGGGCAGGCAUUAUCAACCUUAAUGUUUAACCAUAGUGGCAACUAUAGUUGCCAUCACCAAAAAGUUAAUCGACAAUACUAUUUUGGUAUUGUGAUGUGAUGUUAAGUAUUAUCUGUCGGGGAUAUUGUCCAUGUUACGUCCAAGACCAAAACGAGUUUACGAAUUUAUGUUUUUUUAAAACUGAUUUGGUUAACAAUUGUCAAAAUAGAAUUUGUAUAUUCUCUGUUAAAUGUAUGCAAACGCCUGCAUUGUUUUAGCAUUAACUUAAUGCCAGUCUUGCCUUCACUGCAUUCACUAUUUAAUAUUCUGAACAACACCAAACCUAACCUACUUAUAGUCAGCCUAUCGCUUAUUAAGAAGAACCUUCAGCUUUUGCGCCCUUGCCAUUGAUUGAAUUUUAUUAUCUGUGAUGAAGAAAACCGGCACUGUUUUUUUCCUUCGCUCUAGAAUUAUAAGUAUUAGUCGAAGAAGGAUAUUUUUAACCAUGUAUAAAUUUGCUCAUUCGUUUCACAAGGCGACUAUAACAUUAGUUCGAGUGUCAGUCUGACAGUUUUUGCACGUGGCGCGGGGUGCAGAUGACCCGCGAACCGGACCACGAAAAAUAUUAUUUAUUAAGAAAACAUUUUAAAAUAAUCUAAAAAAGGAAAAGUUGUAAAAAAUAUAUUAACCCCAAUAAAGAUUUGAGGGAAGUGAUUUUGGAGAUUGAUUAUAUUAUCAUCCAUUUUAUUCAAUUGCGGUGUAUUACUAUUAUAUGUAUGUAAUUUAAAGACAAUUUCGUUGAGUGUAGCAAUCAAAAAUCAAAAUUGCAUUAAAACUUUAUACCUAAGUGAUAAUGUUUAUAUUUACGUACAAGAUUUAUGGAAGAGAGAUGAUUGGAAUAAAUUGUUUAAAAUAAA